CAGCACACCUCACCUGGGGUCCCACAGUGGACUGACCAGGGGCUGUGUCUGCCCCAGUGUGCUGUGACUUGUGGGGGACAGAGAAGGUUUGGGCAUAAAAAUUAAGAAACUGCAGGUACGAGAGGGGUCUCUGGGGACUCUACCCUCUGGGGUCUUUAAUAUGCUUCUCCUUUCUUCCUCAUAAAACAGAGGCAGUUCCUGGUUUUAUGUGAUGGUUACAGGCUUGGGCUUUGUAGUCUGAGAUCCCUGGAUUUGAAUCUCUAUUGCUUGCCGUGGGACCAAUGUCCCAGGGACACCAUGAGAAUAAAAUUAGAUAAUAACGGGCUCAGUGCGAUGGCGUCGCACAGAAUUAGCCCUCUCUUGUGAAAAUGUGUCCUUCAUCUUUAUCUCCCCUUUACCUGCCAAGCGUCACUGCCCAGGUGGAAGAACGGGGAGGCUUACUGCUGCACUUUCCAAAUCUGGGCAAGAAGGGCCAGAGAGAUGGAGCAAGUAGCCUAAGGCCUGGAUCAUCUACUCUACCUCCCCGUGGCUACCCAGACUCCUUCUGGCAGAAAUGUUGCUGGGUUGGCGCCAUCACAAGCAUGGGCUUGGGUAGAAGUUGUGGCACUUCCUAAGCUGCAGUACCUGCCUCCCUGGCCAAAGCAGGACUGUCUGAAAAGUGAAGCCUAAUGAAGCCUAGAAAUCCAUUCUUAACUGUAACUUCUUGCCACAUGUCACUGUGUCCGCAGGGUCACCCUGUACCAGACCCAGAGGGUCCCCCAUGAUGAGAAAACAGCCAGGGUCUUCACGAUUCUUGUUGACUGGCUGCAGUUGUACAUGGAAGGGCACAGUCUGGAGUUUAGCCAGGAGUACAAAGCCCAGAGCCAGGGAAUCCCCCAAUAAGAAAGUUUUCACUUCCAAUUUUUGAUUCCCCAAAUUGUACUAUUUGCCCUCACCUUGUCUAAUGUUUAAUCCAUGUUUAUCUGGCACUUUAUUGAUUAAUGGUCUGAGCAAAGUGACAGGUAGCGGAAGCCUGGAGACCAUGGACGGCGCCAUGGGGCUGAAGGUGCUGCUGUGCUUGAGCCUGGUGUCCCUCCCUGCCCUGCAGGCCAGGCCCCCUCAGGGUUCAGCGGCAGGCAAGCCCAAAGGCAGUGAGAAGCGACAGCCUGUGGACACAAGUGUCGAUGGCGUGAUCAUCCGGAGUUUGAAGGUCAACUGCAAAGUCACCUCUCGCUUUGCCCACUAUGCCAUCACCAGUCAAGUGGUCAACAGCGCCGACCAGGCCAAGGAAGUGGCCUUCGAUGUGGAAAUCCCCAAGACGGCCUUCAUCAGUGACUUUGCCAUCACAGCAGAUGGGAAGGCAUAUGUGGCAAACAUAAAGGAUAAAGUGGCAGCAUGGAAGCAGUACCGGAAGGCGUCCAUCUCAGGAGAGACUGCCGGCCUGGUCAAGGCUUCAGGGAGAACAAUGGAGCAAUUCACCAUCCAUCUCACCGUCGGUCCCCGGAGCAAGGUCACAUUCCAGCUGACCUACGAGGAGGUGCUGAAGCGAAAACAUAAGCAGUAUGACAUUGUCAUCAAAGUCAAGCCCAAGCAGCUGGUGCAUCAUUUUGAGAUUGACGUGGACAUCUUCGAGCCCCAAGGGAUCAGCAAGCUGGACGCCCAGGCCUCCUUCCUCCCUGGGCACUUGGCCCAGUCCAUCAAGAAGUCCUUCUCAGGAAAAAAGGGCCAUGUGCUUUUCCGCCCCACCGUGGGCCAGCAGCGGUCCUGCCCCACAUGCUCCACAUCCUUGCUGAAAGGGGACUUCAAGGUGACCUACGAUGUCAAUCGAGACAAGCUCUGUGACCUUCUAGUCGCCAAUAACCACUUUGCCCACUUCUUCGCCCCACAAAACCUGAAGAAUCUGAACAAGAACGUGGUUUUCGUGAUUGACAUCAGUAACUCCAUGGAGGGCCAGAAAGUGAAGCAGACCAAGGAGGCACUCCUUAAAAUCCUAGGGGACGUGCGGCCAGGUGACUACUUCGACCUGGUUCUCUUUGGAUCUCAAGUGCAGUCGUGGAGGGGCUCACUGGUGCAGGCAUCCACGGCCAACCUGCAGGCAGCUCGAGACUUCGUGCGGCACUUCUCUCUGAACGGGGCCACAAACCUGAAUGGAGGUUUGCUCCGGGGAAUUGAGAUCUUGAACAAAGCUCAGCAAAGCCUCCCAGAACUAAGGAACCGUGCCUCCGUUCUCAUCAUGUUGACAGAUGGCGAGCCCACUGAGGGGGUGACGGACCGUUCCCAAAUUCGCGAGAACAUCCGCAAUGCCAUCCGAGGCAGGUUCCCACUGUACAACCUGGGCUUUGGUGACAAAUUGGACUUUAACUUCCUGGAGGCCAUGUCCCUAGAGAACAACGGACAGGCCCAGAGAAUCUAUGAGGACCACGACGCCGCCCAGCAGCUGCAGGGUUUCUACAGUCAAGUAGCCAACCCCCUGCUGGUGAACGUGGAGCUGCAGUACCCUCAGGAUGCCGUCUCGGCCCUGACCCAGCACCGGCACAAGCAGUACUACGAAGGCUCAGAGAUCGUGGUGGCUGGGCGCAUCGCUGACCACAAGCAGGACAGCUUCAAGGCUGAUGUGCGGGCUCAGGGGGAGGGCCAAGAAUUCGAGACAACCUGCCUGGUGGAUGAGGAAGAGAUGAAGAAACUGCUCCACGAGCGGGGCCACAUGCUGGAGAACCAUGUGGAGCGCCUCUGGGCCUAUCUCACCAUCCAGGAGCUGCUGGCCAAGCGGAUGACGGUAGAGGGGAAGGAGAGGGCCAACCUGUCGGCUGAGGCUCUGAAGAUGUCACUGGACUAUCAGUUCGUGACCCCGCUGACCUCAAUGACUAUUGGUGGCAUGGCGGACCAGGACGGCCUGGAGCCCAUCAUUGACAAGCCAACGGAGGAUUCUCUGCCGUUGGAGAUGCUGGGACGAAGAACCUUCAAGCUCCCGGAGUCGCAGGCUUCUCCUACUCGCACCAGCCCCGGUGUCCAGCAGGUGCCAAAUCGAGUGACUGGAGUGGACACUGAUCCCCACUUCAUCAUCCAUGUGCCCCAGAAGGAGGAUGCCCUGUGCUUCAACAUCAACGAGGAGCCUGGCGUGGUCCUGAGCCUGGUGCAGGACCCUGACACAGGUUUCUCCAUCAAUGGGCAGCUCAUUGGGAAUGAGGCCAGGAGCCCGGGGCAGCCUGCGGGCACAUACUUUGGGCGGCUGGGAAUCGCAAAUCCUGCAACAGGCUUUCAGCUGGAAGUGACUCCUGAGAACAUCACCAUGAACCCUGGCUGGGGUGGGCCUGUGUUCUCCUGGAAAGACCAGGCCAUGCUGCGGCAGGACGGGGUGGUGGUGACAAUCAACAGGAGGAGGAGCCUGGUGGUGUCCGUGGAUGACAGGGGCACCUUUGAGGUCAUCCCGCACCGGGUGUGGAAGGGGAGUGCUGUCCACCAGGACUUUUUGGGCUUUUAUGUGCUGGACAGUCACCGGAUGUCAGCGCGGACGCACGGGCUACUGGGACAAUUCUUCCACCCCUUGGAUUUUGAAGUAUCCAACAUCCGCCCAGGCUCCAACCCCACAAAGUCAGAUGCCACGAUGGUGGUGAAGAACCGCCGGCUGACGGUCACCAGGGGCUCGCAAAGAGACUACAGCAAGGACCCCCGGCAUGGGGCUGAGGUGACCUGCUGGUUCGUCCACGACAACGGGGCUGGGCUGAUUGAUGGUGUCCACACUGACUAUAUCGUCCCCGACAUCUUCUGAGCCCCUACCCAGCACACCGGUCUCCUCCUGGGACCAUGGCAGAGGAGAGAAGAGCACCUGACCUGCUGCCUAGGCCACACCUCCCUUUCCCAGCUGACUCCAAGAUCAAAGCUCCCCGUGACUUCCAUUAAAGAGAGGCUAUGGUCA